AUUGAUACCUUGUAUUCAGGCCUAAUCAGAUCUGUUUUGAAUCCUGAAUCUCUUGUAACAGAAUUAGCCGUCACACAUUACUGGGCUGCUGGCAGUGCCUGCAAAUGGAGGUCCCAAGGACUAGUCUCCCUCCACCUUUCAUGGAGGUCAUUGGGGGACAGGGUCCCUAAAGUUGGGCAGCUCCAGAACCCAGAACACAAUCCUUACUUCACAGAGGGGCAGAUUCAGCAGCCCCAGGGUUUUCUGGAGGGUAGAGAAUAAGACUGGGCUAGAGGGCACUUGGGGCUUCUUAGUGUGGCUCUGUUGUGGGCUGUGCCUGUCUCCAUGGGAAUGUGAUUAUGUAAGUGUGUGUGUUAACUGUGAGGGACAUGACUAUAAUGGCUUUGAUUGGGGUCUGUGUGUGAGAGAGACUAGAUCUGUGCCUGUCUGACUGGGGACCUGAUUAUAUGUAUGUACAUGUGUUUUCUGGGGUAGGUCCCGUGACCUCUGAGGUUGUCCAUAUACCCUCUUGGAUAGGGAUAUGGGAUGUUGGGCUAGAAAGAAAGUUGUGAGUUCUUUCUCUGUAGAUUAUUGUAGUAAAUGGGGUAAGACCUCUGUGAACCUUUAUUAUCUUCCUAGUUCAUCCGCUGACUCUGUGUUACUUGAGACUCAGGGACAGCCUCACUUUCCCCAUGUCUAAAACAGGGUUGAGAAUUCCUGUUCUCCUCCUUCUCAGGGUUAGUGUAGAACUCCAGGUAGAGGAGAUGGGAAGAUGGUUUGGGAAAUAUGAAGCGUGAGGAGCAGAAGGAGGAAGAGGAAAAGGAGACUGUCAAGUUGGAAGACAGGGCAGGAGAGAAACUUAGCCAAGGGUCUCUAAGUGGGAAAGACUACAUGAACCCAUGGACUAGCCUCACAGAGAGCUCAGAAGGCCCCCAAAUAGCUGAGCUUCCCACCUUCGUAUAAAGAGCAUCUGCUCGAGAAUAUGGGGUACAACCACGACUGGGAUCUGACUGGCAGGUGUGGGGGCCCACUUUAUUUAUUUAUUAUUUACAAAUAAAGGAAAUCAAGAAUAUCCUUCUUCUUGAUUUGUCAGUGGGUGGAUAUGGGCCUUGAGUUGGCAGCCAGUCUGGUGAGACUUAGAACUAGGAGCCAUCAGAAAGAACAGGACUGGAAGAAAAAGGGAUGACCAGUUGAUCUGAAGCGGAUGAUCAGAAAGGAUUCAUCCAACAGCCUCUCCUGACCUGGUUCUCACUUUAGAUAAUGCAUCCAGUAUUCUUUUACCCUGGCCAACUCCUCUUCAUCUUGCAAAACCCUUCUCGGGUGUCUUUUCUUUCCGAUAGGCUUCUCUAGCCUCCAUGGGGCAAGCUUAAUCACUCCUUCCUCUGAGUGCUCGUAGAACUGGUGUUCUCUCAUACAGUUCUGUCACACUGCAUGUGUGUCUCUCUUUCCUACUAGGCUGGGAGCUCCUUGAAGGUGGGCAUUGCGUGUGAAUCAGAAAGUAUUUGUUGAAUAAACGGAUAGGACACCCACCUCCCACCCCAACACACAGCAGCCCAUUGUCCUGGGAAAAGGAAGGCAUGAUAUAAUAUAGUCAUAGUCCAUACAGAAAAUUAUAAUAUUUGUAUGGCAUAUGGAGUUAGACGGAAUAGGGUGUUUGCUCUGGCCCUUGUGGCAGGCUCCAAGGGAUAAUGGGAUCAAUAACCUCAGCAUACUUAUAACCCAUUCUCAGCAUACUCCUUGGGGAGCUAAGGCAUACUGGAAGGGUACUGGCCUCUCUUGGGCAGGACUAGGCCUAAGGACCCCAGGGGUAUUUUGUCCCUACUCCUUGGGAGUACUGUGAUGGAUCCACGUGGAGAUUUUCAUAUAUGAUCUGGAUUUCUCACCCAGAUACUAAAGAAGUAUCUUUAGUCUGUAAUUAGAUGAUUUUGCCUCUGCUUGCAUGUCCCCAGUGAUGGGGGGUGGGGGGCUUCUCUCCUUUCCAGGCAGUCAAUUCCAAGGAGACUUAGUUACUAACAAUUAGCAAGCUCUUUCUUACAGUGAGCACACCCUCUCUUUCUGGUGGGUAUCUGUCCUAGCUCUGGCUCUGCUUUAAGACCCUUGGAGCUACUUUUUCCACCUGGCUUCCAGACAGCCCUGCAGAGAUGGGAAGGCAGUAAUGCAGGGUCCCUUGAGUUUUCUCUUCUUAGGUAGCGUGGUUCCAAGUCCGUCAGGCAAUCCUUACAAGACAUAUGCCCCUGGGCUUAGCCCAGUUAAUCACUAUUGUCUUCGAGGCCCUGAUCUGGGCAUAGCACUUCCUAUGGCCUGGGCAGUUCAGCCCAAAACAGGACUGUUCUUUUCCUGUUACUGGCUGUUAGACCUCUGUGAACGCAGCCUGUGCUGCCACGAGGUGUUUCUGCACAGGUGCAGGCCGGACACUGAUACUGCAUGUUCAGCCCCCUCCAGAUCUCUUUUGGACCCUGAAUCUAUUGUUUAAGAUUAGCUAGCUCUCUGAUGGGCCCAGCAGACAUAUUCAGUCCUGCUCAAACACAAAGGGGCUAAAUCCUAUUCUGCUUUCUCCCUUUCCCUUCCCAGAAACCUGCUUACAUCCCUGGACCCAACCCUCAGAAAAGUCCCCACCCCCAUCUCUGGCAAAGGAAUCUGCUGUGGGCUGACCUUGGCCGCUAUCACUUCUUACCUUUGCAGAGUGUUCUGGGAUUUAUGACACGGCCUUGUUGGUCCUGGGAAGGCUGUGUGCCUCAGCAGGCGUGGAGAUCUGGGCACUGUGGGCGGGAGGCAGGCCCUAGGGAACUGAGGGUGGGACCCUGAAGUCUUAGAGCAGUCUCAGUCUGGCUACAGCCCUCAACCCAAGCCCCGGAUCCUUCAGCACCCAGUGAUGUUCUCUGCGGCCUCCCAGCCCUUGGACCCCGAUGGGACCGUGUUCCAGCUCCGCUUCAAAGCCAUGGUCUCAUGGGUCAUCACUUUCCCUGUGUUCGGCUUCUUCUUCUGCAUCAUCUGGUCUCUGGUGUUCCACUUUGAGUACACAGUGGCCACUGACUGUGGGGUGCCCAAUUACCUGCCGUCGGUGAGCUCGGCCAUCGGCGGAGAGGUGCCCCAGCGCUACGUGUGGCGCUUCUGCAUCGGUCUGCACUCGGCGCCCCGCUUCUUGGUGGCCUUCGCCUACUGGAACCACUACCUCAGCUGCACCUCCCCGUGUGCCAGCUACCGCCCGCUUUGCCGCCUCAACUUCGGCCUCAAUGUUGUGGAGAACGUCGCGCUGCUAGUGCUCACCUACGUCUCCUCUUCUGAGGACUUCACCAUCCAUGAAAAUGCUUUCAUUGUGUUCAUCGCCUCAUCCCUUAGUCACAUGCUCCUCACCUGCAUCCUCUGGCGGCUGACCAAGAAGCACACAGUAAGUCAAGAGGACCGCAAGUCCUACAACUGGAAACAGCGGCUCUUCAUCAUCAACUUCGUCUCCUUCUUCACGGCUCUGGCUGUCUACUUUCGGCACAACAUGUAUUGUGAGGCUGGAGUAUACACCAUCUUUGCCAUCCUGGAGUACACGGUCGUUCUGACAAACAUGGCGUUCCACAUGACAGCGUGGUGGGACUUCGGGAACAAGGAGCUGCUCAUUACCUCCCAGCCUGAGGAAAAACGGUUCUAAACCCUUCUCUCCUCCUGCUGGGGAGGAGGCCCACUGCCCAGAAACUAGGAACAAGAUACCACUCUGGCCUCCCCUCACCCUCUGUGUCCUCUCUGAGCCCUACUGAAGCUAGGGGAGAGGGGAAGGAGGGAGGAAGGGCCCAGGACAAAGUUUCACCCAGCCCUGCUGGGUUCUUCUUUCCCCCAUUCCACGUGUAGGCACAGAGGCCUUUAAGCAGCACCACUUGUACCUGAGAAGCCCCAAGAAGCUGAGCUGGCAGGAGAGCUCCACCAUCUGGUGCUAAAAAAAGUCCUGAGGUUCAUAACCACCAUCCGGUUCUUGGCCUUUACAUAGCCACCUCUCGCUGAGGUCAGGGACCACUGAGCAGCGGCUGCUACCAGAAAACCACAGCCAUUUCUCCCCAUGGGGUCAUUCACUUGACUCAUGUGCUAAUCAUCUGCUCUGCACAUUCAGGCCUGUGACCACAGGCCCUUGCUAAGGUUGCCCAGGUGUCCUAGUCCUGACUUCACCUCUGAUUUGGUGUGUGCCCUUCCCUAGCUGUGCCUCCAUAUGUCCAUGUGGAUGAAGCGGGGGUGCAGUGGGGGAGGGGGGCUGUAUGAUUUCCAAGGGCUCUGCCAUUCUGCUUCUCCCUGUGGAGGUGGUCUGUAACUAAAGGAUGACCUCCAGAAAAAGCCCUGACACAUGUAUUUCCCUUCCCUUGUGAAAUUGCUGACUUAAGACUUCCUCUUUGGCAAAGGUGCCAGGUAGCGGGCUCAGAGGCAGAUUCCUGCCCCGAAAUGGGCUCUCUGGUGUUUCUCCCCAUCCUCCCUCCUGCCUUAGGCCCUGUACUCUUUGGGUUGUACAUUUUAUUUCAAAGGGAAAUAAAUUUUUUUUUGUCAACAA